GACUGCUUUGCCCACUGGGAAAUGUAGUUCCUCGAUGACCGACACUGCCACUAACACUACCGCUCAGGCCAGGGAACUGAAAUAAAGCGAGCGAACUGGCAAGCACUCGAGUACCUGCGCCUAACCGGUCACCGGAAGAGCAACUUGGCUCAGGAGGGCUCUGGAGACGCGCCUGGGUUCGGGGUCUGGCGAGAAUGAAGCUCGCGGUCUAGGUCUCACCAGCCGAGAAGGUAAACUGGGAGGAAGGCGGCGGAGAAGGACGAGACCAAAUACCAGCCUGGAGCAGGGAGUGGCCAACGGAAAGGGUUGGAAAGAGGCUAUUUUAUAAAUGUCACAUCAUGCUUUUGCCAAGUUUCCGAUUACAGACUGACAUUCCUGCAUGAGCAUCUCCCCAUUAAAAUGUCCUUGCCUCUUACAGAGGAGCAGAGGAAAAAAAUUGAAGCAAAUCGGCAGAAGGCUCUGGCCCGAAGAGCUGAGAAACUAUUAGCAGAACAGCAUCAGAAACCUGCCCAGUCCAAGCAGGGCCCAUCCCAAAACCUCCCCCGAGAUCCUUCUAAGUCAGGGAGCCAUGGCAUCUUUUUCAAACAACAAAAUCCCAGCAGUUCAUCUCAUGGUGACCAGAGACCUCAAAAUCCCCACAGUUUUCCUCCCAACACCUCCGAGCAGGUAAAGGGAAUGUGGCAGAGGCCAGAAGAGAUGCCCACAGCCUGCCCAAUAUACCGCCCACCAAAUCAAGUGACUGUCGCUGGGAUCUCCCCGCCCCUGGCAAACAGUCCUCCAGGGGUCCCCAGCCAACAGCUCUGGGGUUGUGAGUUAGGUCAAGGUCAUCCUCAGGCUUCACUCGAGACCCAGUCAACACCCUUCGCUAACACAACUCACAAGCCUUUGGCCAAAGUGAAGAAUUUUCAGGAGACAGCAGCCUCUUCCUCUGGACAGCCUCCUAGGGAUCCUGAAUUAGAGGCCAGGACGGCAAGACCCUCCACCUCUGGGCAGAACAUUUCAGGGAGUGUGAUGCCCAGGACAGAAGGAAGACUGCAACAGAAAGCAGGGACCCCGCUGCACAGAGUGGCAGGCUCCCAGCAGGGAAGGUGUAUCCGGAACGGAGAGCGAUUCCAGGUGAAGAUUGGGUACAGUGAGGCGCUCAUCGCAGUGUUUAAGAGUCUACCCAGCAGAAGUUACGAUCCUGCCACCAAGACGUGGAACUUCAGCAUGACUGACUAUGGUCCCCUAAUGAAAGCAGCCCAGCGCCUCCCGGGGAUCACCCUGCAGCCUUUGGAAGGGGCCGAGGGCCACGUGGAGUCACCCUCCACCAGCAGUGGCAUUAUAGCCAAGACAGGGCUUCCUGCAGCUCCCUCCCUGGCCUUUGUCAAAGGGCAGUGCGUGCUCAUCUCCCGGGCCCGCUUCGAGGCAGACAUCGGCUAUUCAGAAGACCUGAUUGCGCUGUUUAAACAGAUGGAUUCCAGAAAAUACGAUGUCAAGACCCGGAAGUGGAGCUUUCUCCUGGAAGAAUACAGUAAACUCAUGGAAAGAGUGCGCGGCCUUCCACAAGUUCAGCUGGAUCCUCUGCCCAAGACCCUCACCCUGGCUUUCGCCGCUCAGCUCCAGAAGACGUCUCUCUCUCCUGUGGCAGACAUCCCCGAGGCAGACCUGUCCAGGGUGGACUCCAAGCUUGUGUCUAGCCUGCUGCCCUUUCAGAGAGCUGGAGUCAAUUUCGCUAUAGCACAAAGAGGCCGCCUGCUGCUUGCCGAUGACAUGGGCCUGGGGAAGACCAUCCAAGCCAUCUGCAUAGCGGCCUGUUACCGGAAGGAGUGGCCCCUCCUGGUGGUGGUGCCGUCAUCUGUGCGCUUCACCUGGGAGCAGGCCUUCCGUCGGUGGCUGCCGUCUCUGAACCCAGUCGACAUCAAUGUCGUGGUGACCGGGAAGGACCGCCUGACAGAUGGCUUGGUCAACAUUGUCAGUUUUGAUCUUCUGAGCAAGUUAGAAAAGCAGCUAAAACCCCCAUUUAAAGUUGUCAUUAUUGAUGAAUCCCACUUCCUCAAAAACAUUAAGACUGCCCGCUGUCGUGCAGCUAUGCCCCUCCUCAAGGUUGCCAAGAGGGUGAUCUUACUGUCAGGCACACCAGCAAUGUCCCGGCCGGCGGAGCUCUACACGCAGAUCCUCGCCGUCAGGCCGACCUUCUUCCCUCAGUUCCAUGCCUUUGGACUUCGCUACUGUGGAGCCAAGCGGCAGCCCUGGGGAUGGGACUACUCGGGCUCCUCCAACCUGGGGGAGCUGAAGCUCCUGCUGGAGGAGGCGGUCAUGCUGCGCCGCCUCAAGGGUGACGUCCUCUCCCAGCUCCCAGCCAAGCAGCGCAAGAUGGUGGUGGUCGCCCCAGGCCAGAUCAAUGCCAGGACCAGAGCCGCCCUGGAUGCCGCCGCCAAGGAGAUGACCACCAGGGACAAAACUAAGCAGCAGCAAAAAGAAGCCCUCAUUCUCUUCUUCAACAGAACAGCUGAAGCUAAAAUUCCAUCUGUCAUUGAAUAUAUCCUGGACCUGCUAGAAAGUGGACGAGAGAAGUUUCUUGUGUUUGCGCACCAUAAGGUGGUUCUGGAUGCAAUUACUAAGGAGCUUGAGAGGAAGCGUGUGCAGCACAUCCGUAUCGACGGCUGCACCUCCUCGGCCGACCGCGAGGACCUCUGCCAGGAGUUUCAGUUGUCCCCGGGCCCUGCCGUGGCCGUGCUGUCCAUCACCGCCGCCAACAUGGGCCUCACCUUCUCCUCGGCUGACCUGGUGGUGUUCGGGGAGCUGUUUUGGAACCCGGGGGUGCUGAUGCAGGCUGAGGACCGGGUGCACCGCAUCGGACAGUUGAGCUCCGUGAGCAUCCACUACCUGGUGGCGAGAGGCACGGCUGAUGACUACCUCUGGCCCCUGAUUCAAGAGAAGAUUAAAGUUCUGGGUGAAGCCGGGCUCUCUGAGACCAAUUUUUCAGAAAUGACAGAAGCCACAGAUUACUUCUACAAGGACUCAAAGCAGCAGAAGAUCUACGACCUAUUUCAGAAGUCCUUCGAGGAAGAUGGAAACGAUAUGGAGCUCCUGGAGGCAGCAGAGUCCUUUGAUCCAGGUUCCCAGGACACGGGAGACAAGCUGGAUGAAAGCACAUCAUUGAUGGGCAGCCCAGUGAAGAAGAAGAGAUUUGAAUUUUUUGAUAACUGGGACAGCUUUACCUCUCCUCUAUAAGAGGAGGGGGGGGGGAGCAUUAAAAAUAGUGGAAUUUAUUAAAAUAA